AUGUCAACGGCUGCAGUAAUACCAGGGUGUUCAACUUCGUCCUCUGUCGUUAUUGAUGUUGCUAACAGUUGUUCAACACGUAGUACCGGUGAUUUACCACGAAAAAGAACAGUACGUUGCAAUCGUAAAGCAGCACUGUCUAUAAAGCGUAUAGAAUUUGGUGCAAAUGACUUAAGGAUUACUACUACGUUAGCUCGUGGUUAUCGUGGGCAAGGGAGGGAUGGAAGAAGGUUAGACGAAAGUGAUGAUGAGAGAACUGAUGAUGUUAAGAAAAGAUUUUGUUCGUCUGAUCAUCUUGAACCAUUGAAUGAAUUGGCUGAUGGUGCCAGAUAUCCUGGGUCAACUUCAGAUCGUGAGUGGAGUCCGCAGGCAGAUCGCUAUUCACCAGAAUUAAAUGGGAAAGUCCGCUUCGGCUACAGCUUUAUUGGCCCUGGUAAAGAUCUUUAUGCCACUCAUUUGGAGACUGGUGUGCAGAAACAGUGUCAGAUAAUUGAUAAAGUGCAGUACCAGCAGAUCCUCAAAGUAAGACAUCGUUUAAAUGAAGCCGAAAAAUAUUGGAAGUAUGAAGACGUCUUGCAGAUGAGUUCACUGCCAUUGUCGAAUUAUUCGACUUACAACUUCGAACUUUCCAGCGACUUUGUGCUGCCUUCGGAGACGGAGAUUUAUGAAUGGGGUCAGGGGCGAUAUUUGUGCUUGUCACCGUGGCAGUACGGGAACUUGGACAUUAGUAUUGUGACUUCAGAAGGAGAAGAUAACGUUGAAGAGACAGUGAAACACUUGUUUAAGCAAAUAAUCAGGGGUGUGGCAUUUUGUCAUGCGCUUGGCAUUAUAGUACGCGAUUUGAAGCCACGGAAAUUCGCUUUUGUGGACCAGAAAAAGAGGACUUUGAGAUUUCAUGACGUGCUAGGGCUCUACGUUUGUGAAGAUGUUAAUAAUGAUGUAAUGGUGGACCAUCACGGUGUUCCUGCAUACGUUGCGCCAGAAGUAGAGUGUUUACUUUUCGCAUUUCAUUUUUUAAAUCCAUUUUACAUUAAACAUAUCCUGAUUUUUAUUUGCGGUUUUAUUUUUAGGCAUCCUUUUCACGAUUUAACACUGUCUGGGGUUUUUAUGCGCAUUUGCAGAGUGAGCUUUUGUAUACCUGCAGAAAUCUAUAUUUCGCAAGCAGGAUUAUUAAGUAGCAAGUUUUCAGUGCGAAUUUUAAUCCAUGGCAUUUUCAAAAAGGAACCGUCCGAAAGACCUACUGCAGGGCAAUUGCUGCGCUUACGGUGGUUUUCUGGUGGUUUAGGUCAGUCCCCCAACUGUUGCACUGCCUGGCGUCCUUGUGUAAAUUUUUUUACGGGUAAGAUCUUCCUUUUUUCUGAUUUUCUAGGAUUUUCGCAGUUUUCCGUUUUGGGGUCGUUACAUAAGUAUAUUGAUGAGCGUGAGUCCAGCUUCGAUCGUAUAGUACACCAUGUCGUGCGAAGGCCUGCGGUUUUGGAGCUUUAA